AUGGACACAACUCUCUUUUGUAAAACCUUUAAGAAAGAUAUUCUGGUUAUGCAAAUUUAUGUUGAUGAUAUUAUUUUUGGUUCUACUAAUGCUUUGUUGUGCAAGGGUUUUGUUGAGUCAAUGCAGGCAGAAUUUGAAAGGAGUCUAAUGGGAGAACUCAAGUUCUUUCUGGGAAUCCAGAUUAAUCAACAUUCAGAAGGAACAUACAUUCAUCAGAGAAAAUAUAUAAGGAAACUUAUGAAGAAGUUUAACUUGUCAGGAUGCAAGAAAGCAAAGAAUCCAAUGCAUCCUACAUGCAUUCUGGAGAAAGAAAAGGUAAGUACUAAAGUAAAUCAAAAGCUAUUCAGAGGUAUGAUAGGCUCUCUCCUUUAUCUAACCACUUCUAGACUUGAUAUUUUAUUCAGUAUCUACUUAUGUGCUCAUGUCCAAUCCGAUCCUAAGGAGACUCACUUAACUAUUAUUAAGAGAAUCUUUAGGUAUUUGAAAGGUAAUACUAACCUUGGCUUGUUUUAUAGAAGAUCAAGUGAAUAUAAAUUAGUAAGCUAUUAUGAUGCUGACUAUGUUGGAGAUAGAAUAAAAAGGAAAAGUACUUUUGGAAGUUGUCAAUUUUUGGGAGACAAUCUGAUCUCAUGGUCCAACAAGAGACAAUCAACAAUUGAACUUUCAACAGCCGAAGCUGAGUAUGUUGCAGCUUCUGGAUGCAACACUCAGAUACUCUAG